UGUCUAUUGGGCCCGGCAUCUGUCAGACGCCUGCGCUUGGCGGUGUAUAAGUGCGGUGCGCCUGCUCACCCAUCUUCCUUAUUAAAACAGUAUGUUAUAUUCUCUACGCUUUUGUCUUCUGACGUUGCUCCUGUCCAUCGAUCCCAUGGGCCCGGCUGGUUACUCUGGCUCCUCUUGAUGGUUUUUGUCGUCCCAGCAUGGACUUCCUCCCCGUCGAGCUGGUCCGACUCGUCUUCCAGUACUGCGAUCCCCCGGCCGUAAAAGCACUGCGAUUGGCGUCGGGCAGGUAUGCGGACGUAGGCUACGAAUACCUCCUUGAUUCACACUUCACCGCCGUCGAGUGGCGGGACGACAUCAAGCGGCUGCGCUGCAUCGCUGGUCACGACCGUCUCCGCGGCAGCAUCCGGUCUCUCACGUUCAACUUCUCCAAGGUCGACGAGUACAAUGCCCGCCACACGACUUUCUUCCAACACUGGCUCCAGGAGCCGGAAGAGCGCAGUGCGCAGCUCCAGGAUGCAUGGAUCAAGUACUAUGAACUGGAGGAAAGCGCCCGCAAGCUCCCGCCGUUUCACGCCCGAUCGAGCAUGGUCGAAGAGGCCUUCAAGCGGCUGCCUAACCUGAAAGACCUCGAAAUUACGCUCACCAAAUGCCCCUACCACAUCGAGAUCCUCAAGGAUGUCUUUGAAGUCCGAUCGUGCCGCAAGCGAGACCGCAGCCAGGCCUGCAAGAACAUGAACGCCAUUGUCUCGGCGAUCCGCCACGUGCGCCUCGCCUCGCUCUCCAUCGACCAGCUACCCCUCGAGAUCUUCCGCUUAGCUGACGACCGCCGGCACUGGUUCGACUGCGCGCGCUCAUUCGCAAGCCUCUCCCGCCUGAACCUCGUCCUCGACCCGCCCAACAACUUGCUGCCGUCUUCCCGCUUCCGCGCCAUUAACGGCCUGGGACACGUCCUACACUACAGCGUCAAUUUGACCCAUCUCACGUUGGCCUUCCACACCUACCACGCCCCCCUCGAAAAGUUCCACCUCUCCUUCCAAGCGCUCUUCUCUGGCUCCGAUUUCACCUACACAAAGCUCACCGACCUGAAGCUCGAGGGCGUCAGCUGCGCAGAAGACGACCUCCGCUCGUUCCUACUCCGGCACAGCGCCACCCUCGAACGCCUCCGCCUCGGCGGACGCGGCCUAGCCAAGCCGUUUGAGUGGAGCACAGGCGGCGUGCACCUUCACGAAGGGUCAUUCCGGUCGCUGUUUACGAGUCUACAAGGCAAAUUGCCCAAGCUUAAGAGGUUCCAUAUGGAGGGAGAUGCCGAGGCCGGGGAUUUUAUGGCCAGCUCGAGAGAGGUAUAUGUCUUCAGGGCCGUGACGGAUGAUAAUUGGGUGCCCGUGAAGACGGCAGAAGGGAAGCGCCGGGGACGGUUCGAAGGAUCGGCGUGUGUCAAGACCGUGGAUUCCCUGGGGUUAGAGAGGUUCUUGGUGGAGGGGGGCCAGUACCCCAGGCUGGGAAAGGAGUGAACUCAGGAAAAUGGACGGGAUCAGGGGCAGUGCGGUGCUUGAUCGCCGACCCUCAUCCGACUGCUUGUCCCCCUGGGACACACUAAU